AUAUAUAUACAUGCACUAGAUAUACAUCAAUUCAUAUGAUGAAACUUCUUCAUCAUGAGUUUAUAUAUUCAGAUGAUCGUGUUGUAAGCUAUUGACCCGUUUCAAGGGGCCGUAUAAACAGGUGAAGCUGAUCCUUGGGAUUUAAAUUAUUGAAGUCGAUAAUCUCUCAAUUCCGGGGUGCCGCCGGGCAUGCAGCUACCAGACUUGUACGUACGUAGAUUCGACCAGUUUCUUUGAUAUAUAUAUAUAUAUAUAGAACUGCUGAUCAGCUGGAUAUCUUUCCUUCGAGCUUUCCUACGUAUACUAGUCUUCGUUCUUGUCAAGGUCUCUCUGGCGUUCCUGUAGUGCUACUCUAUAUAAUGUGGCUUUUCGCGGGGCGUUAUGCGGCUCGAAACAUCUCACUGUCUAACCUCUGCGGAUAUACUGCGAUCGAGCAGCAGUAACCAGCUUUAAUUCUCUUCCAUGUUCUAAAUUAAGUCUUGGUCGAUCGAUCGGCACCAAAAAGAAAAGAAAAAUACUGCAGGAACGUACGUAUAUGUUGGUGAUAAAAUAUAUCGGGCGACAUUAAUGUCCAAGUCCAUUUAUUCUAGCUAGUACGGGGUUUUACUAAGUUGUCUUUUUUACCACCGAUCGAAGAUAAUCAAUUCGAGCUAGCAUCUGAAAUCUCGUGAAAUGAGUUUCUCACAGAAUUCGCCGAGCCAUCGGCGCGAUAACGAUAUGGAGGCCGGAGCAAGCCGCUCCGGUGUCGGCAUGAACGAUGGCGAUGAAUCGUCUUCGGAUCCUUUCGAUAUUACCAGCACCAAGAAUGUCCCAAUAGAGCGUCUCCGCCGCUGGAGGCAAGCGGCACUUGUGUUAAAUGCCUCUCGUCGAUUUCGUUACACCUUGGACUUGAAAAGGGAAGCAGAGAGGAAGCAAAGAAUAGGGACUUACAAAGCACAUGUUCAAGCCGUACAAGCUGCAUAUCGUUUCAGGGCAGCUGGGGCACAAGAAAAUGAAACGCUGAGACCACCUCCACCACCCCCCACUGGCGAUUUUGCAAUUGGACAAGAACAGCUUGCUUUAUUGUCAAGAAAUCACGAUGUUUUAACUUUGGAGCAAUAUGGGGGGGUUAACGGGCUAUCAAAUUUGUUAAAAACAAACUUAGAGAAGGGGAUUCAAGGUGAUGAGCCUGAUUUACUGAAGAGGAGUGCUGCGUUUGGAUCGAACAAAAUUCCUCCAAAAAAAGGGAGGAGUUUUUGGAUGUUUCUCUGGGAAUCUUGGCAAGACCUCACACUGAUAAUAUUGAUGAUAGCUGCAGUGGCCUCUUUGGUUCUGGGUAUAAAGACUGAGGGUAUCAAGGAAGGGUGGUAUGAUGGAGGAAGUAUUGCUUUUGCAGUUAUUCUUGUCAUUUUUGUUACAGCUAUAAGUGAUUACAAACAAUCUCUUCAGUUCCAAAAUUUAAACAAGGAGAAAAGAAAUAUCCAUAUGGAGGUUAUUAGAGGUGGCAGAAGAAUUGAGAUAUCUAUAUAUGACAUUGUUGUUGGUGAUGUUGUACUACUUAACAUUGGUAAUCAGGUCCCUGCCGAUGGAAUUUUAAUUUCUGGUCAUUCUCUUGCAGUUGAUGAAUCAAGUAUGACUGGAGAGAGCAAGAUUGUUCACAAGGAUUCCAGAAAACCGUUUCUGAUGUCUGGCUGCAAAAUUGUAGAUGGUAGUGGCACCAUGCUGGUGACUAGUGUUGGCAUGAAUACUGAGUGGGGAUUGCUCAUGUCUAGUAUUUCAGAAGACACUGGUGAAGAGACACCGUUGCAGGUACGCCUAAAUGGGGUUGCAACUCUCAUUGGUAUGGUUGGACUUUCAGUAGCUGUCUCUGUCUUGGUUGUUCUUUUGGUCAGAUAUUUUACUGGCCAUACCAAAAACUCAGUUGGAAAUCCUCAGUUUAUAGCAGGCAAAACAAAAGCUGGUGAUGCCAUAGAUGCUGCCAUUAAAAUUGCUACUAUUGCGGUCACCAUAGUAGUAGUUGCAGUACCCGAAGGGCUUCCCUUGGCUGUUACCUUAACCCUUGCCUAUUCCAUGAGAAAAAUGAUGGCAGACAAGGCCCUGGUGCGAAGGCUCUCUGCAUGUGAGACCAUGGGCUCUGCCACAACUAUUUGCAGUGAUAAGACCGGAACCUUAACUUUAAAUCAGAUGACUGUGUUUGAGGCUUAUGUUGGUGAGAAACAAAUUUAUUCUCCUGAUAAGUCAGAGUUGUCUCCCAAGCUUUCCGCUUUACUUAUUGAAGGCAUUGCACAGAACACAACUGGCAGUGUGUAUAUGUCUGAGGGUGGUGGUGAUGUGGAGGUUUCUGGAUCGCCAACAGAAAAGGCCAUUCUUUUUUGGGGAGUCAGGCUGGGGAUGAAUUUCGAGGCUGUCAGAUCUGAUUCUUCAGUUAUUCAUGUCUUCCCAUUCAACUCAGAGAAAAAACGAGGCGGCGUUGCUCUUCAGCUGCCUGAUCGUCAAGUUCAUAUUCACUGGAAAGGGGCAGCUGAAAUAGUCUUGGCAUCAUGCACACGAUAUAUUGAUGCAACUGAUCAGGUGGUAAUGAUGGAUGAAUAUAAGAUGAUAUUUUUUCAAAAUGCUAUUGAAAACAUGGCCACUCGUAGCUUGCGUUGUGUUGCCAUUGCAUAUAGAUCAUAUGAAUUGGAGGAGGUUCCAUCUGAUGAAGAACAACUAGCUCAGUGGGCGUUGCCUGAGAAUGAUCUUGUACUGCUGGCUAUUGUAGGUAUCAAGGAUCCUUGUCGGCCUGGUGUCAAAGAUGCUGUGCGAUUAUGCCAAAAUGCUGGUGUUAAGGUGCGGAUGGUCACUGGUGAUAAUAUUCAAACUGCGAAAGCAAUUGCCUUGGAAUCUGGAAUACUGGGUUCGGAUGCAGAUGCUACUGAACCAAAUCUCAUUGAAGGAAAAACAUUUCGUGAUUUAUCAGAUACCGAAAAAGAAGAAACUGCAGAGAGGAUAUCUGUGAUGGGGCGGUCAUCUCCCAGUGACAAGCUUUUGCUUGUGCAAGCAUUGAGAAGGAAAGGACAUGUAGUUGCUGUAACUGGGGAUGGCACCAAUGAUGCCCCUGCUCUACAUGAGGCAGACAUUGGUCUUGCAAUGGGUAUUGCUGGCACAGAGGUUGCUAAAGAGAGCUCCGAUAUCAUUAUCUUGGAUGACAAUUUUGCUUCUGUUGUGAAGGUUGUCAGGUGGGGCCGAUCUGUAUAUGCAAAUAUUCAGAAAUUCAUUCAGUUCCAACUUACAGUGAACGUCGCAGCUCUGAUUAUAAAUGUUGUGGCAGCUGUUUCCUCUGGUGAUGUCCCACUAAAUGCUGUCCAGCUUCUCUGGGUUAAUCUUAUCAUGGAUACUCUUGGAGCUCUAGCAUUGGCUACAGAAACACCAACUGAUCACCUGAUGCAGAGGCCACCAGUUGGUCGAAGGGAAUCUCUUAUAACAAAUAUUAUGUGGAGGAACUUGCUGAUACAGGCUCUAUAUCAAGUGACCAUCCUGCUUGUUCUCCAUUUCGGAGGUAGGAGUUUGCUGAAUUUGAAGGGUGACACAACGGAGCAUGCCAACAAAGUGAAGAACACUUUAAUAUUCAAUUCCUUUGUUCUCUGUCAGGUUUUCAAUGAAUUUAAUGCUCGGAAGCCGGAUGAAUUUAAUGUAUUUGAAGGAAUUACUAAAAACUAUCUUUUUAUAGGAAUAGUUGGACUAACUGUUGUGCUUCAGGUGAUUAUCAUUGAGUUUCUUGGGAAGUUUUCCUCAACAGUAAAGUUGAGCUGGUCACAGUGGCUGAUAUCCAUUGUUAUUGGUUUUAUGAGUUGGCCCCUAGCUGUUAUUGGAAAACUGAUACCUGUACCAGAAACUCCCUUAAGUAAGUUUUUCCCUAGAUUCCAGCGGCGAUGAAUGUCUCAAGGUAUGUUAGUUGAUAGAAUGCUUUAAGGAGUCUGAGCAAUGCCUCUUCCACUGAGCCCAAAAAAAUGCAUCUGGCAAAAAUUCUCUUCUCCACCAUUUUUAUUGACCCUACCAAUUUCACACCAAAAUGACAUAUGAAAUCUUUCUCAUCCUAAACAUAUUUUCAACCAGCGCCACCCCUUUCACAAAACUCCCAGAACAACAAAUCUGCAAUAUUUUGUAACAAAUAAUAUAAAAUUGAAAACUCUUCACAUCCAUACGCAGCCUAAAAUUUUGGAGAAGGAAACAGCAAAGGAUGCAGCCCCAUAAUCAAAUGUAAGAUUUGAAGGCACAAAAAAGAGCAAGAAAAAUUGUUAUUUUCUGUGCAAGGAAAUGAGUCUUGUAUAGGGAAACCUGAUAAGAAAAGCAAGUGGGAUGGAUUCUGGAUCUUUUAUAAAUACCAUUGGAUGUCCCCAUUUGGAAUCAUUGCCUACCAACUUGAGAAUAAUUUAAAGAAAAUGGUACUUCCAGAAGGCCAAAGUUUCGGUGGUUCUGUCACAUUGAAGAGGUUGAAGGAAUUACAAGAAAAAAGAAAUAUAAGUCAAUUUCUGAUUCUCUAGAUGAUGCCAAGUAAUGCAGCUUUGGAUGAUAAGCAAGUGGCAGUUAUAUCUAAAUUUAAGGAUAUGGAGAGAAACAUGUCUUUCCGCAAUUAAAGAGGCAACGUAUUGGUUCUUUUGAGAUUCCUGAUAAUAUUCAUGUUGAUGGGUUAUUUUAUCACGACAAAGACUGUUGAUGCAUUUCGGCUGGUAAAAGCUAAUGAGAUCAUGUGGUAUUCGCUGAUGCGAGGCUUAAAUGUAUCUGGCGAAGGUGUGACAAAGGCUGAAACUUCCUUGGAGGAAGACGAUGGAAAUUGGUGUUUUUAUUGUGCCCUGGGUCCAGUAAAAUGUUAUCGUCACGGUUGAUUACGUUAGAGAAGCACAGAUUGAGCUUUUUGUCACUGCAUGACAUUCGUCCACGCCAUUGCUAAUAAUUGCAGGCCCACUUCUGGAAGGCAAGACAUGCGAGGUGGGGAAGGUGGUGCAUGAAACUGGUUACGUUUAGCAUCUUCCUUGGAGAAAAGACGAUCAAAUAAUUGUCAAUCAUGGUACUUUUACUGCAUUCCCCUUGAAGGGAGAGGCGGUGCCCGUGCCCGUGCCCGUGCCCGUGCAUCAAGCUGUUUUCUAGGGCCAAUGGUAUUUAACAGUCCAAAUUAAAAUGCGUCCCGAGGGAAACCAUCAGAAGUACACCCCUCGUCCCGGCUGCUACUGAAGUCUUGCGUGCACGUGUAAAAGUAAAAAUUGUAUGCGCUUUUGUCCGAUUCAUUUUUUAGGGUAGAAGAUUGGCUUGUACUUGACUUUCAGAUAGAUUUGGUAAGUGAGAUGGGAAUUUUUUUGUUUUAGAUAAAAAAAAUUAAAAUAUUAUUUUUUUAAUAUUAUUAUUAUUUUAAGAUUUGAAAAAGUU